AGAAUGAUUGCGUCACUAGAACACUGCACGUUCCUAUGGCACGUUCACGUGCAUGUUUACAGUACACUAAUUUAACAAAAUAUGUGACAAUUAAUGCGAAUAAAUAACUUUUGAGUAGUUUCAAAAUUUGUAUUCAACUUUUAUUAUUUUUUAAAAAAGGUUUCAUAUUUUAAAUUUGUGUCCUUAGUGCCCCACGUGUGAGCGCGCGACGGCAGCAUCGCCUUGCGUCACUGCUGUGCGCCGGAUACUCUCAAACCAACGUGUGGGACAGAGAGAUUUUACAUGUGCACGUUUGAUCUAACACUACACAGCUAAAAGUUGUUAUCAGAGGACACAAUAAUUGCUCAGAGUCAUGGGUAGAAAGUUGGAUCCCACCAACAAGGUGAAGAGAGGACCAGGGAGAAAAUCCAGGAAGCAGCAAGGAGCAGAGACAGAGUUGGUGAAGUUCAUUAAAGAUGAGGAAACAGAACCAAAACGCCUGUCAAGUCGAGGCAGAAAAAGAGCUGCAAAAAGAGCCACCAAUGUGAAAACGCCUAAAAAUACUGCUGAAGAGAAGGCCAAGAAAGGAUUUACUGAUGAGAACAGUAAAUGGUUGACUCCUGCGAAGAGGAAGCGCAAAAUGAAUGAACCUGAAAAUGAGGAUGACAGUGAUGAACACUGGGAGGAAGAGGAGGAUGAAGAAGAAGAGGAAGAGCAGCAGCAGAAGAAGGGCGAUCAAGAACAAGGAAAGAAGGGUGCCAAACUGGCAGUCAAAAAUGUGAAGGAAGAAGAAGAUGAUGAUGAUGAUGAUGAUGACGACGAAAUGGUUGAUGACUAUGGUACACUUGAAGAUGGCAGUGAGGAGGAAGAAAGUGAUGGAGAGGAACUUCUUCCCAUCGAGCGGGCAGCCAAGAAAGAGAAAAAGCAGAAGGAAGCCAUGCCAUUUGGGAGUGAUGAUGAUGAUGAUGAGGAUGAUGAAGAAGAUGAUGAUGAGGAGGUGGAAAAGAAAUCAGACGAUGAAAUGGACGAGGAAGACACAGUUCAAACAAACAUAGAUGAAAUGGAUCAGUUUAGAUUACCAGGGGCAGAGGAAAGCGAGAAGGAAGGUAUCCUGCCUUUAGACUUGAAGUCAAUCUAUCAGAGAAUAAAAGACAACAUCGAUGUCCUUUGUAACUUCUCAACAAAGAGGGAAGAAGGGAAAGAAAGAACAGAGUACAUCUCUCUACUGAAAAAGGAUCUCUGUACUUACUACAGCUACAACCACUUCCUUAUUGAGAAACUAAUGGACCUCUUUCCUUUUUCAGAGCUGGUUGAUUUUCUUGAGGCCAAUGAAAUCCAGAGACCUGUUACUAUUCGGACCAACACUCUGAAAACAAGGAGGCGUGACCUUGCACAGGCCUUGAUCAACAGAGGAGUGAACCUUGAUCCACUGGGGAAAUGGUCUAAAGUGGGCUUGGUCAUCUAUGACUCAUCUGUACCAGUUGGCGCAACCCCCGAGUAUCUGUCGGGUCAGUACAUGCUGCAAGGAGCCUCGAGUUUCUUGCCUGUGAUGGCACUCUCUCCUCAGGAGGGAGAGUUGGUGUUGGACAUGAGCUCAGCCCCAGGAGGCAAGACCACAUAUAUUGCCCAACUAAUGAGGAACACCGGGGUGAUCGUUGCUAACGAUGCUAACGCUGACAGAUUAAAGAGUGUUGUGGGCAACAUCCACCGUCUGGGGGUCACCAACACUAUUGUCAGCAACUAUGAUGGAAGACAGUUCCCAAAGGUAAUGGGCGGGUUCGACAGAGUUCUGCUCGAUGCUCCGUGCUCCGGCACAGGAGUCAUUGCUAAAGAUCCAGCUGUGAAAACCAGCAAGGAUGACGCAGACAUCCACCGGUCUGCUCAUUUGCAGAAAGAACUGAUUCUAUCCGCCAUCGACUCAGUCAACGCUGAGUCCUCAACAGGAGGAUAUCUGGUCUACUGCACGUGUUCAAUCAUGGUGGAGGAGAAUGAGUGGGUGGUGGACUACGCUCUAAAGAAAAGAAAUGUCAAAUUAGUUCCCACAGGACUUGAUUUUGGCAAGGAAGGUUUCACCAGGUUCAAAGAGCGCAGAUUCCAUCCUACUCUGCGACUGUCCAGGCGAUUUUACCCUCAUUCCCACAAUAUGGAUGGAUUUUUUGUGGCCAAGUUUAAGAAGUUCUCCAAUGUUAUUCCAACGGCACAAACAGGCAAAGAAGAAGAAAGCGCAGAUGCUCCUGAGGAAACAGUUGUUACAGACUCUCCUGAAGAGAAAACAUCCAAAAGCAACUUAAAGGGAAAAGUCCAAGCCAAUGGAACUCCAGCCAAGAAAGCGGAAAAAGUUAAGCCAAAAGGCAACAAAGAGUCACCUGCUGGACCAAAGAAGGCAAAGAUUGCCAAAAUGGAUGGAGAGCCUGUGAAAGGAGCAAAGGCAAAGAAGGCUGCAGUAAAAACAGCGGAUGAAACUAAAGCAGCUGUGGCUGACAAAAAGGACGGCAGCAGAUUUGAGAAAAAACAGGGCAAAAAGAGAAACACGCCCAUGAAAGCAAAUACAAGACUGGGCAAGAACAAGUUCAGAAAGUUGAAGCACAUGCUGCGAGAUCAAGAUGUAGAGUGAUGUGUACAGUAUGAUUAAGAUUCCUACAUUAUGUAAAAGCUUCCCUAUAGACCAAUGUCACCUCAGCUCCCCACAGUCGGGUGUGUGAGCUCUGGUCAGAGAGGAAGUUCUGUAUAUGACAGUAAGAUAUGGCUGUACUGCUUUUGUUCAAAUGAUUUGUUGUAAUCAGUGAUAGUCUCACUGUAGUUUGGUCCUGCCCUUCCUUCCUUGUAUUACAAAAUAUUCAGUAUGUUUGUAUAAUGAAUUAAUUGCAGAGAGGGAUGUCUUCUAUCAAUCUGUGAAACAAUAAAUGUUUUAAGAUAUU